CUCAUCUUCAAGAUUCGGUCCAUUUUCAGGGAUAAGAGUUAACUAAAAUUGAAGUUAUGUGACCCGAAAGUUGUAGGCAGGACGGCCCAUUUUCAGGGAUCAGUAAUUGCUGGCCUUUCUUUAAGACUUGUACAAGAGCCACCGAGGCCCCAGCCACAGCCUCGCAUCGUUGCGUGGUGGCAGUCUGGCAGAGGCUGAGAAGGCUCACGGCCAGUUGCACAAGAUAUGGGCACGAUACACCAAGAAGAAGACCACCCCUUGAUUCCUUCAAGCUCAGAUCAAACUCUACACUUGAACCGUGAACAACAACAGCCUGAAGAGUCAAAUCUGAUAAGCAAAACCUGGGUUGAAUCAAAGAAGCUAUGGUUAGUUGCGGGUCCCUCCAUCUUCAGCCGCGUUGCCAUGUUCUCCAUGACUGUCAUAACUCAAGCAUUCGCUGGCCAUCUUGGUGACCUCAAUCUGGCUGCCAUUUCCAUUGUCACCACUGUCAUUAUUUCCAUUACUUUUGGAUUCUUGUUAGGAAUGGCCAGUGCAUUAGAGACACUAUGUGGACAAGCUUAUGGAGCAAAGCAAUAUCAUAAGUUGGGUAUAUACAUGCAGCGUUCAUGGAUUAUUCUCUUCUUUUGUUCCAUUGUUUUACUACCUCUAUUCAUUUUUGCUGCUCCAAUCUUAAAGCUCAUUGGACAACCAGCCAACGUGGCGGACCAAACAGGUUUAUUUGCAGUUUGGCUAAUACCAUUUCAUUUGAGCUUCCCAUUUCAGUUUACAUUGCAGAGGUUCUUACAGAGCCAACUGAAGACUGCAGUGAUUGUUUGGGUUUCUGGGGUUGCUCUUGCGGUUCAUGUGUUAGUCAGUUGGGUUUUUGUUUAUAAGUUGAGGGUUGGGAUUGUUGGGACAGCUAUCACUCUUGAUUUUUCCUGGUGGUUGUCUGUUUUGGGACUUUUUGUUUAUGCUGUUUGCGGUGGUUGUCCACUUUCUUGGACUGGUUUUUCUGCACAGGCUUUCCUUGGGCUUUGGGAUUUCUUCAAACUCUCUCUGGCCUCUGGUAUCAUGCUUUUGUUGGAGAAUUUCUAUUACAGAAUAUUAAUUAUAGUGUCUGGGUAUUUGCACAAUACUGAAAUUGCAAUUGAUGCUCUUUCAAUUUGCAUAUCAAUCUUUGUCUGGGAAUCCAUGAUUCCGCUGGGAUUUUUGGCCGGAACUGGUGUGCGUGUAGCAAAUGAUCUUGGUGCAGGCAACGCAAAAGGUGCCAAAUUUGCAACCACAGUGUCUGUGAUUACCUCUCUAGCAGUUGGAUUUUUCUUUUGGUCAAUUGUUAUGGCCUUUCAUGAGACGCUUGCAAUGAUCUUCACCUCAAGUUCUUCUGUUAUUACAAUGGUUAAUAAGUUCUCAGCCUUACUGGCAUUCACCAUUCUUCUCAACUGCAUUCAACCAGUUCUUUCAGGUGUGGCAGUCGGAUCUGGUUGGCAAUGUGUAGUGGCAUUUGUAAACAUAGGUAGCUACUAUAUAGUUGGAGUUCCUCUUGGCAUCUUCUUCGGAUGGCUUCAAUUUGGUAUCACUGGUAUCUGGGCUGGAAUGAUCUGUGGAACUGUGGUUCAGACAUUGAUACUAACUAUCAUCACUUUGAAAUGCAAAUGGGAAAUAGAGGCACAAAAGGCUCGAAUUCAUAUAUCCAACUAAUAACAUCAGUUUGAGUGUGCCUAUUAUGUGAGUUAUAUUACAGUGCUUAUUGUGAAUCAGUGUUAUGUCUGGGACCUGUUUGUUUGAAGAAUAUGGGGAAACAGUUAUUUUCCUUCCUUUUUCUCUCGGGUUAAUGUUAUGAAUGGCCCCUAAACUAUAGUAAAGUAUUUAAUAUAAUGCUUGAAUUUUAAAAAUGUCUAAUGUGGUAUUUGAACUAUGAAUUUGUUAACUAAUAUGAAAUGUGAUUAACUUUAAAUGCUGACAUAUGACGCACAAACAACUUUUAUGCCAAAUUAAUUAACAAAUUCAUAGUUCAGAUAUCACAUUAGAGAUUUUAAUAUUUACAUACAAAAUUAAAUAUUUUACUAUACUUCAUUGGUCACUUGUAACGGUAAUCCAUUUGUAUUUGCUGUUUACUGCUACUCAAGUUUAGCACCAAGAACAAAAGAGGGGAGUAGAGGGAAAAAGAAACAAAUAAUGAGUGAUGAAUUAAAAGGCGGUGAAAAGCUGUCUGGCUACCCGCAUCUAUAUCUUUCUAGUUUCUUUGGAUUGUUUCCAUAGUUGAAACUUAGCAGGGAAAUGCUAGUUGGUGCAAACUGCAAGUGUGGAUGAACUUAAGAUCUUUAUUUGAACUUUCCCGCACUAAGCCACUUGUGCUAAGCUCAAAGCGGUUGGCUCUUGAUUUUCAUAAAUUUCUUGUUAGCUGUUUCGAAAGCUAAUAAAGAAAAAAAUAGUUACAUAAAAUUCCUGCCACAGGACUUCUAGUUCUAGAUGAUAAUUGGGGACCAUUUUGAAUAUUAAAGAAAAUUCGAAAGCCUAAUGCAAAUUGAAUUAUUGCUUCUUAUGUACUUACCCACUCUAAUAAACAUAUUUAAAAUACGAAGUACAUGCAAGAGACAUCCAAAGCCUCUGAAAUCAUCAGGCCAAGGCACAAGAAUUCUCUUACAACAAAAUUCAAUGUCUUUUUUUUAUUUGAUCAUCAAGUGAAUGGGUAUGAAUAAUUAAACAUGCUAAGCUUAUCUGAGCAUGCGAGGCUGACGAUCGAGAUUCUUACCAUCACUUUCCACUUGACUAAUCUACGGCUUGCGUCCAGCAGCGAAGAGUAGGAACGCAAUUUGAGUUGUCAAUUAGAGAGCUGAAAAGCUACCUGAUGCGUCACAUGAAGGAAGGUCAUGACUCAUGGACAUGUAAAGCAACUACCAUUCCAGUUUUCAACAAGGUCAUUGACAUGUAAUGUAACUAACAUUCCGGUUCCAACCCAUUGAUUUUGCAAAUAAGCCCAAGAAGUUUACGCGUUAUAGGUACGUGUGAAUUAAUAUUGAUGAUGAAAUGAUAGUUACGUAAGUUUCCACAAUUUUCCAACUAUGAUGGAAAUAAACACCAGACCGCCUACGUUUGAGAACUCCAUAUCCACGUCGAAUAAAAACCAUUCAAUUAAAUUUAAAGCCAGCGAGAGGUGAAAUGCAGGUGCAGCUUGAUUGGCGUUUUUUUUUUUUUUUUAAUUUUUUUGGCCAAAUCUUGGUCAGGUGAUUUAAUUGAGAGUUUGAUUAGAUAUGAGGAAUUUGGAAUUUGGUGAUUGUCUCUGUUGGGACCUUUUAGACCGCUUGGUUGAAUAUUAAUUGAUUGAUACCAGCUGGUCAAGGACUUGGAACUUCAGUUGCGUUUUGCUUUUCGCUUCUUGUUUCUAUAUACGCACGCAUUUUUCUUCCUUUUCACGUAGUAAAAGUGGGUCUUGAACCCGAAAUUGAAUGUUGG